AUGGAAGUUCAGAAGGGGGCAACAAUCAAGGCGAGGGGCCAAUGGGCAAGCAAAACAGAGUUCAUCUUGGCUGUUGCCGGGCAGAUUGUCGGGCUGGGAAAUGUGUGGAGGUUCCCCUAUCUGUGCUACAAAAACGGAGGAGGCAUGUUCUUCGUCCCCUACCUGCUGUUCCUGGUGUUCUGCGGGAUACCUCUGUUCCUCCUGGAGACAGCUCUGGGGCAGUACACCAGCCAGGGGGGCAUCACCGCCUGGAGGAAAAUCUGCCCACUCUUUGAAGGUAUGGGUUAUGCCAGUCAGUUGAUCGUUGUCUACACAAUUAUCUUUUACAUCAUUAUCCUGGCCUGGGCUCUCUCCUACUUUUUCCACUCCUUCAGCUGGGAGCUGUCCUGGGCCAGCUGCAGAAACACCUGGAAUACAGGUACCUGUGUGGAAUUCGACAAGCAGAACCUCACUUCUAACUGGACUGUUCCCAAGAACGCCACGUCCCCGGCCAUGGAGUUCUGGGAGAGGCGGGUGCUGAAGAUCUCUGGUGGGAUUGAGGAGGUGGGCAGCCUGCACUGGGAGAUGACGCUGUGUCUCCUGCUCGCCUGGAUUAUCUGCUAUUUCUGUGUCUGGAAGGGAGUCAAAUCCACAGGAAAGGUGAGGGCGCGACGAGGCACACGUGCAGGAAUUUGACUUGCAAAGCGACACCAGUCGAGAUGCA